AUUGUUGGUACUUCAGUGAGGUGCAAUGAGAAAAUGUAAAAGGUUUGGUUAGUUUCAGGGAUGUAUGAAUAGAAAUUGAGACCUAGAACUAAAUACUAAAAUAAAAUUAAAUUUGAAAUUUGAAAUUUGAAAUUUUAAUCAUUUAUACAAAUUAUAAAAUAAAAGUAACAAACCUGAAUUUAAAUUAUUUAUUAAUUCAAAAAAAUAGUUAAUAUUAGUUAAUAUUUAGAAAUUCAAUCUCUUUUUUUAAUUUAAAAAAAGAUUUUUUUAAUUAAAAAUUUUUUUUUUAAUUUUAAAUAUUAAAAAAUUUAAAACAUUAUAUAUAAUAUUUUUUGUAAAGAACAUACAUAAUUAAAUCUUAAAAAUCUUUUAGGUUUUUAGUUCAAUGUUUUAUUUAAAUCUAAUACAGUUUCUGUUGAUCUAUUAAAUUGUUAUCUGCUUUUAACAGCUGUUAACCUUAAAAGUUAAAACAAGGAAGUGAAGAAAAAAAUAAAAUUGAUAUAAAAUAAAAUUAAAGAUUAACAUAUGAGAACAAACAAUUGAUAUAUAUUAUUUGAAAUAUGUCAUUCAUUGAACUUGAUUCAUUAUAAUAAUUUAUAAAAAUUAACCUAUAUUUUUACAUAUUAAAUAAGACAAUAAGUAGAAAUAUUGAUUAAAAUAAAUAUUUUUAAAAAAUUUAAAAAUAAAAUCAAAAUGAGUGAUUUGAUUGUAAAAUUUUCAUGACAUUUUUUUGUAUAAAAUUUUUAAAGGAGCAUAUAAAAAACAUAUCAAAAUAAUUUAUUGUUAUUAAAUAUUGAAUUGUUUUAAAGACAAAAAUAUGAAUUUUUAUCUUCUUAUGAUGCGUAUGGUAUUAUCAUUAAAUAUGUUGCUCAUAAUAAUUAUAUGUAAAAUAUUGUGUAUAUUUAUUAUUUUACCUAUUUUAUUAAUAAUUUUGAGAAGAUAUUAUUCCAAAAAGCGAACAGAGAGAUCUCACAAAGAAACAGUUGUGGGUUUUUUUCAUCCAUAUUGUAAUUCAGGUGGUGGUGGUGAAAGAGUACUUUGGGCUGCUAUUAAUGCUAUACAAACCAAAUAUCCUAAUAUACAUAUAGUUAUUUAUACUGGAGAUCUUGAUGCACAUCCGGAACAAAUUUUAAAUAAGACAGAAAAAGUAUUUAACUAUAAAAUUGAACAUAAAAUUGAAUUUGUAUAUUUACAUAGACGAAAAUGGGUAGAAGCUUCAUUGUAUCCUUAUUUUACACUUUUGGGACAGAGUUUAGGAUCAAUUUGGUUAGGUCUUGAAGCUUUAAAUAGUUUUGUGCCAGAUAUUUAUAUUGAUACCAUGGGUUAUGCAUUUACAUAUCCACUAUUUAGAUAUAUUGGUGGAUGUCGAGUAGCAACAUAUACUCAUUAUCCUACAAUUUCAACUGAUAUGUUGAGACAUAUUUAUAAAAGAGUUAUUUCUCAUACCAAUAAAAGAGUUAUAGCUAGAAAUCCAUUUUUAUCAGCAGCCAAACUUAUUUAUUAUAAAUUAUUUGGAUUUAUAUAUGGUUGGGUUGGUAGUAGAGCAGAAAUUAUAAUGGUUAAUUCUUCAUGGACUGAAGAUCACAUUAACACAAUUUGGAAAUGUCCAUUAAAAACUCACAAAAUUUAUCCACCAUGCGAUGUAAAGCACUUAACAUCACUACCACUUCACAAGGAUGAUGAAAAAUGUGACAAUAUUCGUAUAGUAUCAAUUGCACAAUUUAGACCAGAAAAAAAUCAUCCAUUAAUGUUAAAAGCUAUAUAUGAACUUAGAUCAAUUGUUAAAGAAGAAAUUUGGGAAAAAGUUCGUCUAAUUCUUAUUGGAUCCUGUCGAAAUUUUGAAGAUGAUGUACGCAUGAAAGAUAUGCAAGAUUUAUCAAAACAUUUUGCAUUAGAUGAAAAUGUAGAAUUUAAAUUAAAUAUAUCAUAUUCAGAACUUCUACUAGAACUUCAACGAGCAACAAUAGGUUUACAUACAAUGUGGAAUGAACAUUUUGGUAUUAGCAUUGUUGAAUGUAUGGCAGCAGGAUUAAUUGUAAUAGCUCAUGCUUCCGGUGGUCCAAAAGCUGAUAUAAUAGAAACACAACCAGGAUCUCAAAAUGGAUUUUUAGCUACAGAAGCUGAAGAAUAUGCAACAAUUAUGGCACAUAUUAUUAAUAUGCAUCCAAAAGAUAGAAAUGCUAUUAGAACAGUUGCUAGAGCGUCUGUAAACCGGUUUUCGGAUGAAGUAUUCGAAAGAGAAUUUUUGCGAACUAUAGAACCAUUUUUUAGACAAAAACAGGAAUGAUAAUCUUUAAAUAUUAAACUUUAUUACAUUUUUAUAAAAAGUAUUUCAGAAAAAGUUUUUAAAAAAAUUCAUUUAUCAAUUUAAUAAAAAAAAAUACAUAAGUAUAAAAUUAAAUAUAAAUUUAAAAAUCGUUUUAUAAAAUAAAAAAAAAAAUUUAUUCUUUAAAUUCUAAUAUAUAUGUAAUUCAUUUAAAAAUAGAUAAAAUAUUUAAAAAAUUAUAUGUACAUAUAUAUUUUGCAUUCAAAUAAUAUUUAUUGCACAAUAUAAAACAUACAUAUUUAUUCUGCAUAUUUAUUUUCAUAUUCACAACCUUUACAUUCUAAGCUGUAUGAAAUAUUAUCUCCAUCAUUACUAUUUUCACAUAAAUUAAAAUGAAGAUUAAAUUGAGCUAACAUCAACUCUGCAACUUUUAUAACUGUUUCUGUAUGACAAGUAAGUUUUUUACUGCCAAGAUUAAUUCUAGAAGUACCUUUAGCUAGAGCCAUAAAGAUGAUUAACUAAAAUAAAUAAUUGAUUAUUGUAUUAUUUGUAAAAUUUAAAGAAUUAUUUAUAAUUAUUUGAUAAAAUACAUACUUGAUCUUGUGCGUAAUCGUCGACGCAAGAUCUUGUUAAAA